AUGACGGAAGUGACGUCACAAUUCCCGAUGUUUGCCUUGACAACAGUGCUGGAAGUUAAUGUAGCCUGUGGGGAAUCUUGAAGACAUUCUAGUGGGGGAUAUAAAGCUACAAAAUGGCUACUGUCAUGCACGGCCGAAGAAAAGGCAGUGCUAAAGGCCAAAAGGAGAUGCCCUUUUCCACUGAUAAUCUUACACAAGGCAUGCACCUAGCUGAUGGCACUGACCUUCGACAAGUCACAGUUCUGUCAAAGGGGGACUGGGAUCGCAUCCAUAUGCAACUUCACCGCAAACAAAUAGAGGAAGAAAGGGCAAGGAAAAUGAAGGAAGAAAAAGAAGAAAAACAGAAAAAAUCAAAGGAAAUGAUCAAAGACUGGGGAAACACUAUUGCAGGACAGAGGCAGCGUAAACUAGAAGCACGAAAAUUACGCGAACAGAAGGAGGAAGAGGAGAGACAACAGAUUGAUCUUGAGGAGGCGAAAUUCCAGGCUCAUCAGCGCAAAGAUGCUAUAGAGAAAGCCAAGACCCAACAGUAUUAUCAGACUGACAGAGUCAAGUCUUUCCAUAGUGCACUCAUGCUGACCGAGGUCCUGAAGGAACGUGAGGCUCAGAUAGAGCUGAAGAAACUGAAACAAAAGGCCAAUGAGGGUCAGGAUAUUGCACACCUGAAACGAGCCCAGCGGGAAUAUGAUGAGGCGAUAAAGACAGAUCAGCAGAAAGCCAUGGAAAGAAUCCAGGCUUCCAAACUCACAGCGCAGUUCCAGAUAUCACAGAUCGGAGAACACAUGCAGAAUAGAGACAAGAUGGUGGUUGAGGACCGUCUGGAAGGGGAGGAGCUCAAGAAGCUGGCGUCUCAGUACCACGUAGAGAAGGAGCACAUUGAGACUAUCAGGAAAGAUGAGAAGGCACAACUAUUGAAAGACAACAUGUCACAGAUAGAUAGUAUCAAGAGAAUGAAACAAAUACAAGCUCAACAGGAGGAGGAAGAAGAUGAGGAGUGCCGUAUCUUUGCAGCUGCUAAGAGGAAGAUGAUGAAGUUGCGGGCAGAAAAAGAAACAGAAAUCCACUCGGAGAAACAACGCCACCUGGAGAAGAUUCGUGAGAAGCUUGGUGCCCAGAUGAAACAGAAGGUAAGCGAUGAGGACGAGAGGAUCCGACGAGCAGUGGAAGAGGCAGAGGAGAGAAGAGCUGUAGAGGAGGCAUCCAAGGAGACCAAGCUAAGGAAGAUGAUGACAGAGGCCGCAGAGCAUCGUAAUGCACAGAUGAAAGAAUCAGAGCUCAAGAAGAAGGAUGAACGCCGCCAGGAGCUGGAGACAAUUCGUAUCAGAAAGGCUGCCGAUGAAAUCUUUGAGAGGAAUGAGGAAGAGAAACGUGUAAGAAAACGGCAUGAAGCCACUGGGCUGAAGGACUUUCAACGUCUUCAAGCGGAUGAGAGGACAAACAAGGCACAAGACAUACAACAACAGGCCAUGAUGCUGGACAAGGCCAACAUGGAACUGCUCAAGAUUGAGGAGGACCAGUUCCAGGAGUAUGCCGGUAAAGUCAUCGAGCACUGUGAGCGUGGGGGACGUAACGUGUACCCACUCCGUAAGGCAGCCCAGACAGGGGCUGGAGGUGGCAGCGGGCCAAUCUUUAACGGAAAAGGCGGCAUCCGCCCCAGCUACAUGGUGUCAGACAAGUCUGGCAAACAGAUGCCACACUACCAGAGGGACACAACUGACGAAACUAAAACAAACAUUUAUGGUAAAAGUGGCUCGAAGAAACGCCUUGGAUUUGUAUGGUAGGCAAUAAUAACACCAAAUGCAAUUAUUGGAACAGAAAAUCGAAGAAAGUGGGUUAUUUCCAAAUGUGGCAUUUCUAAAUCAAUGGAGAAGAAAGUUGAAACAUGCUGUGACAGUUAAAAAGAAGGUCCAGAACUUCACUUUGGAGUUGAAGUUUAAUACAUGUGUGCAAAUACGUCAUAAAUUAUAGUUGUUUAUAUCCCAAACCCAGUGGAAAAUUAAAACAUGAUUUGUCAGGGAGGGGGGAGGAGUGUGGGUAGUGAAACCAGAUCCAAUGUUUAAGUGGAUCGAGACACACAUAUUUAUCUUCUCCAAAAACAUGCAGGUCUAGUGGACAGUGUUAUUGAUGUUGAUUCUGAUCAGAUUACAUUGUGUGCUGCUAUUUCACAAGAUCAUCCAGUAGUCGACACACAAAGCUUGUUGUGUGGAUAAGUCUACAUGUAAAAUCACCACAACUAAAUAUCCCAAAUCGUAUACCUUCACCUAUCUUAACAGCUGACCAACAUUUUAAUUAAGGGUUCAGUGAGAAGUAUGUAAAUUAUCAAGUUGCUGUUUUAUUUGUUGUUAUUUCUAGGUUUCGAUUUCCCAGUUCUGUUACCUACCAGUGCUAGUUGGUGUAUGUUAUAAUACACACAGCUUUAGGUAGUGACUUUAUCACCUACACCAUAAUUUGAGGUAACAUGUCUGCCAACUGACACCUGUGUCUGGGUCUCUAUUGUACAGUACGACUUCUCCAGGGUCUCCGGAGAUGAGGUUGUAAGGUGUCCAAACACUAGACUGUAUAGCCACCACACUCAUACUAAUUUGGAAACCUGUCAGCUAUUUUGACCCUAUCUGUGAUAAACAUUACAUAUACCUGUAUAUAUACAAAAGUAACAUGUAUUUUACUGCUGUUAAAUCAUGAAGGAAUAAAAGAAAAACAAAAAUUGAAA